GACAUGGAAGAAAUACAUUAAUCUAGACUCUUUUUGACAGUGCUUACGUUUUCUAAACGUAUACGAAUUUUAGAAGUUUUAAUAUUAGAUGCAUAAUAAUAAUAUGCAGCAAUAGGAGUCAGUCAGGUCAGCUGAUUCAUAAACGCAUGAGGGUAAAGAAGGUAAUGUGUUUUUAUUGGGUUUUAGAUGUUCUGCACAGAAACCUGCCUCCUGCGUCACAGUGAAGACGACAGAAUAGGGUCGUGAUGUAUUCCUGAACAGAAGCCGAGGACAUAAAGUUUAGAGCAGGCAACGCAAUGGACGAACUCAGCGAGGCCCUCUCGGCCAGCUUCUCGGUCUCUCAGGAGCCCAACAGCACGUCGGCACCCCACCCUCGCCUUGCGCAGUACAAGUCCAAAUACAGUGUGCUGGAGCAGAGCGAGCGACGCCGCAGGUUCCUGGAGCUGCAGAAAUUGAAAAGGCUGAAUUAUGUAAACCACGCCAGACAGCUGGCCGAUGGUGACUGGACAGGAGCAGACAGCGAUGAAGAGCAGGGGGAGGAAGAGGAGGCAGAAGAAGAGGGAAUGGAGUUUGGGGAGAAGAAGAAACUGCCAAAACACUAUGCCAAUCAGCUGAUGCUGUCGGAGUGGUUGGUGGACAUCCCCUCGGACCUGGCCACUGAGUGGCUAAUGGUGGUCUGUCCUGUUGGGAAGAGGUCUCUUAUCGUGGCUUCCAAGGGUUCGACUGCAGUCUAUACGAAAAGUGGCUACUGUGUGAACCGCUUCCCUUCCCUGUUGCCAGGUGGAAACAGGCGCAACUCUGCCAUGGGAAAAGAUUACACCAUCCUGGACUGUAUCUUCAGUGAAGUGGACAGGACGUACUAUGUCUUAGAUGUCAUGUGCUGGAGAGGACACCCUGUGUAUGACUGCCAGACAGAGUUCCGAUUCUAUUGGCUGCAGUUGAAAGUGCAGGAGGAGGAGGCGAAGCUCGCAGAAAUAACCAAGAUCAAUCCGUUCAGGUUUGUUACCCUGCAAAGCGUCCCGUGCUCGGCUGCGUCCAUCUGUCAGGCCUUCGCUGCGGAGUACAGCUUCCAGGUGGACGGCCUCUUGUUCUAUCACAGACAGACGCACUACACUCCCGGCAGCACCCCUCUGGUGGGCUGGCUGAAAUCCUAUAUGGUGCCAGACAUUCUGGGCCUGAAGGUGCCGGCUGGGCCGCUGACGGCUAAACCGGACUACGCAGGACAGCAGCUGCAGCAGAUCCUGGUGUAUAAGAAGGGGCCGCGCUCGGGAGAGGUGAGGCCGGGAGCAGAGAACGGAAGUUACGAGCUGGAGCACCUGUCCACACCACAGCAGCCAAGGGAGAAGACUGACACUCCUGGCAAAAUGGACACAACCCAAUCUAAUACCUAACCCAGUUUACCUUCUCGUCAUUGUCUUUUCAAGGGUGGCGAUUUACAGAAAUG